AUGCUGCUGCUGCUCCUGCUGGGCCUGCUGGGCCCUGCCGCCUGCUGGGCCCUGGGGCCCGCGGCGGCGGGUUCCACGGAGCUGCGCUCGGCCUUCUCCGCGGCACGCACCACCCCCCUGGAGGGCACAUCGGAGAUGGCGGUGACCUUCGACAAGGUGUACGUGAACAUCGGCGGCGACUUCGACGCGUCCACGGGCCAGUUCCGCUGCCGCGUGCCCGGCGCCUACUUCUUCUCCUUCACGGCUGGCAAGGCCCCGCACAAGAGCCUGUCGGUGAUGCUGGUGCGCAACCGCGACGAGGUGCAGGCGCUGGCCUUCGACGAGCAGCGGCGGCCCGGCGCGCGGCGCGCCGCCAGCCAGAGCGCCAUGCUGCAGCUCGACUACGGCGACACGGUGUGGCUGCGGCUGCACGGCGCCCCGCAGUACGCGCUCGGCGCCCCGGGCGCCACCUUCAGCGGCUACCUGGUGUACGCCGACGCCGACGCGCCUGCGCGCGGGCCGCCCGCGCCCCCCGAGCCGCGCUCGGCCUUCUCGGCGGCGCGCACGCGCAGCCUGGUGGGCUCGGACGCGGGCCCGGGGCCGCGGCACCGGCCGCUCGCCUUCGACACCGAGCUCGUCAACAUCGGCGGCGACUUCGACGCGGCGGCCGGCGUGUUCCGCUGCCGCCUGCCGGGCGCCUACUUCUUCUCCUUCACGCUGGGCAAGCUGCCGCGCAAGACGCUGUCGGUGAAGCUGAUGAAGAACCACGACGAGGUGCAGGCCAUGAUUUACGACGACGGCGCGUCGCGGCGCCGCGAGAUGCAGAGCCAGAGCGUGAUGCUGGCGCUGCGGCGCGGCGACGCCGUCUGGCUGCUCAGCCACGACCACGACGGCUACGGCGCCUACAGCAACCACGGCAAGUACAUCACCUUCUCCGGCUUCCUGGUGUACCCCGACCUCGCGCCCGCCGGCCAGCCGGGCCUCGGGCCCCCGGAGCUCUGA